GCAAAAAAGGUGAUCAAAGCGAAGCCGAACAGGAACCGGCUCAUCCUUCCGCGGCUUACGGAAACUGAGCAGCCGCAGCUCAGUCGCCGCGAGAGAGAGUCGGCGCCGCUCGAACAGCCGCGGGAGCAGGUGCCGGCGUACUUUCACCACCCGGGCCUCGAACUGCGGUUUAGCCGCGGCCCACUAACUCCUUACGGCUUCCUCUUUGGGCAUGACGAAAAUUCGGACGUCGUCCUCGAGUGCGAUAUACCGUCUUUCAGCGCCCAUCAUUUCGCCCUGACGUUCGACGACCACCAUCGCCCGAUCAUAAAGGAUCUGGGCUCGUAUAAUGGAACCGAGGUCACGUACGACGGGGUAGGCGAAGGGCGGCGCAGCGAUUUCGUCUGGGUCAUCGGCGGGCACGAUGUCCCUCGGAAGAUCACGACAAUCGUCAUUUGUGUCCACGAGAGCCUCAAGUUCCAGAUCGUCGUCACUGACCACGACAUUACUUCACCGCCAUACAUCGACAACGUCAAGCGGUUCCGUCAGGGGAUGGCGAACGCGGAGAGUCUGUUCGGUCGGCUCGACCUUCGGAGUCGUCCGCAUACCGAGCGUGCAAGUCAAGCACAUACGCCUGGCACUGGUCCCAUCGUCCUGAGGAAGAAGCUCGGCGAAGGAACCUUCGGGGUUGUAACACGUCUCUGGGAUGUUAGCACCGCAGCUGAAUGCGCCCUUAAAGAGCCAUCCGAGCGGGCCACCCGGAACGGAUGGGUCAACCUCGAUGCGUGGAGAAAGGAAGCUCGUAUCAUGGGACUCGUCUCUCAUGAUCGAAUCGUGAGACUCAUUCGCUCGGACUUUACUCCAGUACCUCAAUUGCGGUUUGAGUACAUCCCUGGUGGAAACCUCAGCGACUACCACGAUCUCUCUGAAUGCGAGUGUCUACAGGUCCUCCGUCAGUGUCUAUCAGCACUCGUACACCUUCAUGGACGGGAGCCGCCAAUCGUACAUCGAGACAUCAAGCCAAGCAAUAUCCUUGUCCAACAUCGACAUGCUGGUAACAUUGAUGUCAAACUUGGAGACUUCGGUCUCUUGAGAGAAGGCCCCGAUCCGACAACGAUCUGCGGCUCUCUGCGAUAUCUUGCCCCCGAGAUCUACGCCGAACAGGACAGAAGAAGGAUUCAUUCCGACGAAAAGAAUUACACUCCGGCGGUCGACAUCUGGUCUCUUGGCGUGGCUGUCUUAGAAUGCGCGGGCGAGCUUCCAUCCGGCGGCUAAGCCAGAGGGGUCCGUUGGUGCGAGGAGAUCGUUAAGAAGCUCUGGAAAGACCUCAAGCGCGGUCCGGAUGAUAUGAAACAGUUCUUGUGGGACACUAUGGUAAUCCUGAAGCCGGAGUCACGAUGUUAAGCCCAGUAUUGCUACGAUCAGGUCCAGCUCCUUGCUGAUCCGGCCCAAGAUCGUUGGCAGACCCCAACCCCCGACGUGGGUUUG